UUGUCAUCCCUAGUAAACCCUUACUCCUUUCCCACCCGCCCGGCAUGGCAUCGAUGCCCAAUGGUGGCUAAAUUUCUGUCCGACCCCUGUUUCGUCGCCCCUUGAUCCCCAAUCGAGUCACCAGUCGUCACAUUGUACAGCCAACGCCUAUUCUAUCGCUUUCGCAGGAAUUUCUGCGUAGUCGAAGCAAACAUAAAGCGAAUUUCCCAGUCAGGAACUAGGGUUCCUGGUUCUCCUUGGCGGAAUUUCGAUGAUGUGAGAUCUGUUUGCGGAAUUCCCCGUAAACACAAAAGUGGAGAUCUUCGGAUGGAUUUGAGGCCCGUGGUGCACGAGAUAAGCUCGGAUGAAGAGGAUUGGAGCAAGAUCAGACGCGGCGGCGACGACGACUUGGAUUGGAUAUCGAAGCUUUUCGAGAAGCCCAGAGAAGCUGAUGACUCCGAUGACGUGGUGCUGCUGCGCGAGGUUGUCCUAAAUCCCAAACCGAGGUCGAAGCCGUCGAGUUUUGAUCAGAAGCCGCCGGCGAAAGAUUCGGAUGAUGAGUGUGUCGUCUUGGAUGGUGAUCCAGACAAGCCGGUCGUGGUGCAGAACAGUUCAGCCGAUGACUCGGAUGAGUUGCUCAUUGUUGGCGAAAAGGGUCAGAUUGCUUGCAGGGAUUACCCUCAUUCACGCCAUCUUUGUGCAAAGUUUCCAUUUGCUUCUACUUUACAUGAGAGGCACUGCCCCCAGUGCCACUGUUAUGUUUGUGACUCACUAGCUCCAUGUCUCCACUGGGGCAAUGGCACAUCCAACACCGACCACUGUCAUGCCACAGACAAAGAUGAGUUCUGGAAACUUCAAAGGGAAAAUCUCAGGCAGGGGAUUAAACCCAUACAAUCGGCCCCUAAAUUUCCUGAUAUUUCUGCCUCAGUGGGACCAUUUCAAACAAUCCAAGUCCCACCAGCUGGACAGCUGCCACCUAACUCUCUGGUCCAGCUUCAGGAUUCUGGGCCAACUGCAAUCCGUGCUUGCUCUGCUUCUGCAAAUUUUGGGAUCAGAAACAUCACCAAUCAAGGUAGAGGCCAACAAUCUGCAUGCAACUUGUCCAGAAGCAAGUCCCAGUCACAUAUGGUCCCUCAGCAUUUGUUGAGUCCUCGUAAUACCAUCAUUCGAAGGGACAGACGGCAUCCUGUUGGUAACUUUGGACGUCCAUUUGUCAAUGCCCAUUCAAAUUUUCAAAGGGCAGGGCCAGCUAAUAUUGCAGUGCAAGCUAAUCGUUCUGAAUAUGGCUCAGCUAACUAUCCCUUGGCUCAUUACUCCGGAAACUCUUCUCCUGUGGAAGCUCCAAAUAAUAAAAAUCCUACCAGGUAUCAGGGCUUGUGCAGCAGGGUUGUGACAUCAAAUUCAAGUCCAUAUCAGGUACCUGCUCACCAAAACACUGCCAGCAACUUUGUCAAUUCACAUGGCUUUCAGAAUUCUUUCCCUUCUCAACCCCAAGUAUCCUCCCAGCCAAACACUGGCAGCAACUUUGUUAAUUCAGUCCCUUCUCUUCAAGCCUGUUCCCCGCCAAAUAUGUGCAGUGGAUCUCAAAAUUCAUGGCCUUCUCAAGUGCAGGUGUCUUCCCAGCCCACUUUAAGCUGCAGCUUUGUCGAUUCAGUCCCUUCUCUGCAAGCCUCCUUGCAGCCAAUCCCGAGUAUUGAUUUUGAAACAGUGCAUUGUCAACCACAAGAAUUCUCCCAGCCUAGCAUGGACAGCAGCUUCGUACACCCGGUACCUUCUCAGCCCCAAGUAUUCUCUCAACCAAGCAUGGGUAAUGACUCUGCACAUCUGGUGCCUUCUCAGCUACAAGUAUUCUCUCAGCCAAACAUGAGCAGUUACCCUAUACAUCUGACACCUCCUCAGCCCCAAGGAUGCAGCCUCCCUGCUCCAUCAUUGAAUGAUUGCCACGAUGGCUCCCAGCAAGGAAACGGCGCUCAAAAUCCUCUGAAUCCAAGUUCUCUAGAUUUUCCUACAAGUUGGUUUCCCUAUGCCGGCCAGAGCAACCCCCAAAUUUUGGGGCAGAGUACAGAGUUGACUUAUCAUCCUCCACUGGCCCCACAGUUUGAUACCCAGACUGCUGCAACUGCAAAUCCAGGCUCACCGGCCUCCCAACUCGACAAUUGGCUGCAGGGAAUACCUUCUUUUAUAGACCCUUCAGAUCCUCCCCCUCUAGAUUCAGGCUUCUUUGACUUUGAAAACUCGUGAAUUAGCCCCGUAGCCUAUGCCAAGGCGGCCAGCAAUGCCGCGCCCCUCCCUUGGCAAGGACUAGGUAUGAGUUAGUUAUCGUAUCACCUCGUCGGAAAGAACAGUUGUAGUGUGCUCUGUUUUAUGUUUGCCGAAAUAGCCCCGUGUUUUCGUGUUGCUUCACCAAAAUGUACAGCAAAGGUUGCUGUUUAGCACAGCCAUGAGAUAUCCAUGGAAUCCCAAACUUCAUUUUCUUUCCAAUGGGAGUUAAGCCCCUCAAGUCUGUAUGCAUGCCAUUGCCAUAUUCUGUUUCUUCA